AUGACUCAACCAAACCCAUACAUCCUCGCGGCAGACAACCCGUCGGCCCUUCUGACGUUUCUUCGCGCAAACCCCUCUCAGGCGUCCUGCCAGGACGAGCAUGGGUACUCCCUUCUCCACGCCGCCGCCUCGUACGGGCAUAUUGACCUCCUCCGCGCCCUCGUGAAAGAGUUCAACGUCGACGUGAACUUGACCGAUGAAGACGGCGAAACCUGCCUAUUCGUGGCCGAAAGUCUGGAAAUCGCAAAGUGCCUGGUGGAGGAGCUGGGCAUCGAUGCCAAAAGGAAAAAUGACGAAGGAUUGACGGCGCAGGAGACCAUCGAAAGCGAUGGCUCCUUUCCAGCGGUCGCGGCCUAUCUCAGGGAAGUGACUGGAGCGUCUGCGUCCGAAACAGUCGAACAGCCCAUCAGAGACAUAGACGCGCCUCCACCUCUGCCCCCGAAUAUCAGUGUGAACAUUGGGACUAUGACGGAACAGGAAGCGAGCGAAGGCAUUGGCGAGGUCGACCCUGAGUUCAAGAGGAGGAUUGAUGAACUGGCUGCUAGGGAGGAUUUCCACAGCGAAGCGGGACAAAGCGAACUCCGGGCGCUGGUCGCAGAUGCCAUCAGGGGUAUCGGUGCUGAGACACAGGAGAGAGAUGUCCGUCGGAGAAUAGAGUGA